CGAACGGUGGUAAAAAGCCUUUCCAUACUAAGAUCAGGGAUGAAGGAGGCAUAGUUGAAAGUCGGCGCUCUCCUGUACUGAGCAGGUAUUCGGAUCCCCCUUUCGAUGAGCUCUUGUCUGUCAGCAUCGGAGUUGAUCUGUGCCUUCGUAACAUCAAGACCCUGUCCAUCCGUUACACCUCCGACACAUUUAUAUUCGAUGCAAUCCAUAGGCAGUGUGAAAACAUCGAAGAUUUAUUGGUCAUCAAGUCAUCAGAUGCUGAGCUUCGGAACUUUGAUGACACAAAUUAUCUUUCGUCCUUGAUAUUUUCACAAAGCAAUUUGCGCAAGUUUUCGCUCUCGUGCUAUGAUGCUUUUAAUGGAUUUACAUCAAAUAUUUUCGUUCCCCUCGCAAGUCAAGCUGACACCCUUGUCUCCUUACACCUCCGAGGAAUUCCAUUUCCAAAUGAUGCCUCGAUUUUCGCUUUGACCACAUGCACAAGUAUUGAGGAUUUGGAAAUUGUACGAUGCACCGAUGGACAAGGAUGCUCAUUGACCCCAAUUUUGUCGGCCGAGUUACCAAAUCUGCGUAAAGUUCGAGUCGUCGAAUCUUCGAUCCUUUGGGGACAUUUUGUUGCCACCGUGAUUGAAAAGAAUCCGGUGAAUCUAGAGGAAAUGUUUUAUCAACCCUGGGAAGAUGAUGAGCAUGACGAACUAUCGGCUUCAAUCAUACAGAACAUUGCUCGUUGGAGUCCCAAACUAAAAUCAUUUGGUGUUGCCAUCGGUGCCGAUCAAGUUCCAUCCUUGAUAGAAAUCCUUUCAGUCCCCGGAUGUAAGAUUGAGAAACUCAGUUUAUUCUCGAUGGGCAGGCCCGAAGGGGAUUUGGAAAAACUUUGGCCGGACGUAGGGAAACACAUUCCGGCCACCCUCAGAAACCUCAACAUAUGGAUCUUUAUCGGAGCCAAAGCGAUGCAUUACUUCUUACAGAACACCAAGGCGCAAUUGGAAUCUUUAUAUAUUGACGGUUGGGCCGAAGAUUUCCUUUAUUCUCCUUAUAGCGAUGUACUUGGGGAAUAUCUUCAGGAACGUUACUUGGACAUGGCCGAUUUCUUUCACCCCGAAACCUAG